GUUCGAGGAGUGGAGAUACCAUCUCAUCCUCGGGCUGCAUCGAGACGAUCGUUUGAUCCCACCAGUGGCCUGUUCUAUCCUUCUAUCUCACCCCUCCAGCUGGACACCCAAAAUAAAUUGAAGGGUCGGUGCUCAGCUGAAAUUUCCUACCCUACAGUCCCAGCUAUCCCCAGGGUCCAACUGACUAGACGCGGAUCUUGCAGCUACUAGCCUCGAUUCCAAGCUGCGGGACCUGUCUCCGAUUCGUUGCUCUGAUCCGCAACAAUGGCGACCGAAGAAGCUCCCACGGCUUCCCCCGCAGAGCAGUCACAGCCAUCCAAAGGGUGGUGGAAACGAUUGCGUGGAACCAAUGCCCCCGAGACACCCACCAUCACUACAAGCGAAAGUCCCUAUCGUCCAAAAGCCACCCUAGGCAUUCUAAGUGACAAGGAGACAGAUGAAGUACCUGGAACUGUUCUUCUGCUCUCUUCGAACCGCAAUGAGCCUCUUGGGCUGAAACACCAACCGCAUCGUGAAUCUGGCUCGUCCUUGCCUUCACCCUACCCUCCGUCACGUUCCUCGUCUCGUGCGCGUCCGUCGAAAAAGAAGACAGCGGAUGGUAACAUCGUUUUAGAACCCCAGCCUGAUGACUCGGUCAACGACCCUCUCAACUGGCCGGUGUGGCGGCGAGAUGCCGCGUUGGUUUCUUUGGGAUUCUACUGCCUCAUGGGGGGCGGUAUGACUCCCAUUCUUGCCGCUGGGUUCAGCCAAGUGGCUGCUGCAUAUGAUGUGGAUACGCAGAAGGUCGCAUAUACAACGGGCUUGUACAUGUUGGGUCUCGGAGUCGGGUCCGUGAUCAUGUCCCCAACAGCGAUUCUCUAUGGAAAGCGGCCGGUCUAUCUUCUAGGCGCGACCCUCUUUAUCAUCUCCGCUGUCUGGUGUGCGCUGUCGCCCAAUUACCCCAGCUUGGUCGUCGCUCGCAUUUUCCAGGGCAUUGCGGUGAGCCCGGUAGAAUGUCUGCCCUCUGCGACUAUCGCGGAGAUUUACUUCCUGCACGAGCGGGCGUACCGUGUCGGCAUCUACACACUCCUGCUUCUGGGUGGCAAGAACCUGAUUCCCUUGGUCAGUGCAGCUAUCAUUGGCAGCUUGGGAUGGCGCUGGGUGUUCUGGAUCGUUGCCAUCGUCGUCGGCGCUUGUCUGGUGCUUCUUUUCUUCUUUGUUCCCGAGACGUUCUGGGACCGCACGCCCCGGCCACGCCGGGCCCGCAAGCGCCCCAGCUUUUACCGCAGCGUGUCGAAUAUUGUGUCACACGGGUUGAGGGGUCGACCACCGCAUGCGCAUCGUCUGGAGGACCAACCCCCAGACCACGACCCCACCUCAACGGAGCCGAAGAAACCCAAGAAGGGCCACGUUGGGUUUGUGGAUGACCAUGACGAGACGACCGAAACCAUUCCCGAGAAGGUAGAGGGUAUUGAUGGUGAGGAUCACAUAUCUCCAUCCAAUGAACCCGUAAUGGAGCAUCCUGAGAUCAGAGAAUCGCUGGGCGAGGACCCUGAGAAGUCUCACGGAUUUCUUCAUCCUCCCGCGGUGGGGCAUACUCAUCAUGACGAUGUUGAAGCUGCCCGACACACCGCUAUGUCCCCGGCUCGUAGUGAGUCGCCCGAUUUAGGUGUGCCAACCACAUCGGCGGCUCAUUAUACGAAUCGACUCCGGGAGCAGCCGUCUAUCCCAUACUCUUACUAUCUCCGCCCGUGGAAUGGCCGUAUCGCCCAUGACAAUUGGCUGCGGGUGGCGGUGCGGCCGUUCAUUCUCUUUGCGUAUCCGUCCGUGCUGUGGUCGACCGUGGUGUAUGCUUUGUCCGUCGGCUGGCUCAUUGUCCUGUCGGAGUCGGUUGCUACCAUCUACGAGCAGCGGGACACAUACAACUUCACCGCGCUGCAAACCGGUCUCGUCUACAUUUCGCCGUUCGUCGGGGGCCUGCUCGGGACCGCCGUGGCCGGUAAGGUGUCCGACAUCAUUGUCCAAUACAUGACCCGGCGCAACGGGGGCGUGUACGAGCCGGAAUUCCGCCUGGUGAUGGCGAUUCCGAUUGCGAUCUCGACGACCAUCGGACUGAUGGGGUUCGGAUGGAGUGCGCAGGAGCGGGAUGCGUGGAUUGUGCCAACGAUCUUCUUCGGGCUGGUCUCGUUUGGGUGCUGCCUGGGGAGUACGACGGCCAUCACGUUCUGCGUGGACAGUUACCGACAGUACGCGGGGGAAGCCUUGGUGACGUUGAACUGGAGUAAGAGUAGGUUUCCUGAUCUUGGUGCGACUUGUGAAUGAACGCUAACGAUGGAGACAGAUGUAUUUCACGGCCUGAUCUUUUCGCUGUUCAUUGUGGAUUGGCUGGAUGCGGAGGGAUCCCGGAUGGUGUUUAUCGCCCUGGGGGUGAUCCAGCUGGGGUGCCUGUUGUUCUCGAUUCCCAUGUACAUUUAUGGCAAACGGGCGCGGAUGUGGACGGUUCGGAUGCGCCUGAUGGAACGCUUUUAGACGGGACAGGCGGCCCGCCGAGGGAUGGACCGCGUCCCAUUGGCCGGGAGGAUCGCAUGAUCGGAUGAUUCUUGUUUUGAGUUGUAGAUCUGCGCUGUAUCAUGAUACCUAUCUUAGAUCGCAUAUACUAUGGGAUACUAUCCAUGC